CUUUAGGGUCAAAAAGAGAGUUAGUAGCUUGUUAUGGAAAGAUUUGAAGGAAAAGGACAAUUCAUUUUGCCAAGCUAUGCAAAAUGCUUCCACGAAUAGUAAUCUUCUCAAAACUUCAAAACCUCGAUUCGUGCAAUAUGUCACAAAAAAAUCGUGCAGUGAACCUAAUGUUUAUAAAUUAAUAAAAUCCCAUAAAGAAUCCAAUGUUUAUAAAUCAAAUAAGUUUCAUAAAAAGUCUAAUGUCGACCAUGAAACCGAGCACCAACUCAUUGCUGACGAGAAUCGUUCAGAACAACACUGCUAUGAAAAUUUUUAUGUAACCGAUUAUAAUCAUUUUAACAAUUCCAUUACACCACUACUGUGGGACUUGUUUCCUACUGUGGAACCUAUUUCGUUUUAA